AUGGAUAACUUCAUCACUCAGAGCCAGGUCAAUACCCAGCUACAGCCUAGCAUUGGUAACCUCAUCACUCAGAGCCAGGUGAUAACCCUGGAAGGCUGGGUGGACAUCAUGUACUACGUUAUGGAUGCUCACUCCUUCUACAAUUUUAUAUAUUUUAUAUUCCUCAUCAUAGUGGGCUCUUUCUUCAUGAUCAACCUGUGCCUGGUAGUCAUAGCGACCCAGUUUGCGGAGACGAAGCAGCGUGAGAACGCGUUGAUGCGCGAGCAGCGAGCGCGUUACAUGUCCAACGACAGUACUCUGGCCAGCUACAGCGAACCGGGAUCCUGCUACGAAGAGAUGCUGAGAUACGUUUCACACCUCUACCGUAAACUGACCCGACGAGUACAACGCAUGUACACAACCUGGCACAGUAAGCGUCGUAAGAAGGUGAACCCUAACGGAGGAGGAAGUGGUCCGGGGGUCGGCCGCAGAACGUCCGGCCACACCACCUGGCUCCGCCCCGUACACAACCUGCUGCAACAUCACCAGCGCCACCACUGUCGGCACAGCAACGGAGGACACACCCCCGUAGCAACAGGUGGGGAGGAGCUGGAGAUGAGGUCACUUCCUGUCCCGGGUCGUGACCCCUCUGUGACCCCUGGGCUAGGGUCGUCUCUUCUGGGUCGUCUGAACGGAGGGAUGAACUACCCCACCAUCCUGCCCUCCUUCGUCUGCAGCUACCGCAGCUUCACCCCCAAGCCCCUCCCCACACAGCAUCACAUCCCCACGAACCUCCACAGCCCCCUCCCCACAUACCUCCACGCCCCCCACCCCACACAACCUCACAUCCCCCUCCCCACACAGCCUUACAGCCCCCUCUCCAGACACCCCCACAGCCCCCAACCCACACAACCCCACAUACCCCUCCCCACACAGCCCCAGAGGCCCUCCCCACACAGCCCUCCCCACACAGCCCCCCCAGAAAACAGCCACCCCCUCAGCACAGCUGCCCAACUCAUGGGACAGCACAGCCGUCCUCGGCUGCUGUACCAGCUGGCUGGCGUGGUGCCCUCCCCUCUCCUCCUGGAGCUGUUGGGCUGCCCGCUGUGUGCCCGCGCCCUAGAGGGCAUGGAGCUGGACCUGAGCGACCUGGAGGGGUCUAGGGGAGAGGCCCACACCCUGCACGACUUCCCCCAGGGAGGAGAGGGGCGCGGCGGCCGUGGGAGGCGCCGGCGGAAGGCAGGGCUGGGGGCAGGGCUGGGGCUCGGGGUGAAGAGGGCCAGUAACAGGCUGCUGGAUCUGGGGACAGCAUUCAGAGACAGACUGAAACGCAUCGUAGACAGCAAGUACUUCAACAGAGGGAUCAUGACCUCCAUCCUCAUCAACACUCUCAGUAUGGGGAUAGAAUACCAUCAACAGCCGGUGGAGUUGACUGAUGUCCUGGAGAUCAGUAACAUCGUGUUCACCUGCAUGUUCCUCCUGGAGAUGCUGUUCAAGCUGCUGGCCUUUGGUCUCUUCGGCUAUAUCAAGAACCCCUACAACAUCUUCGACAGUAUCAUCGUCAUCAUCAGUGUCUGGGAGAUCGUUGGGCAGGCGGACGGCGGUCUGUCAGUCCUGCGUACCUUCCGUCUGCUGCGGGUCCUGAAGCUGGUCCGGUUCCUGCCCGCCCUGCGCAGACAGCUGGUGGUUCUGAUGAAGACUAUGGACAACGUAGCCACCUUCUGUACACUGCUCAUGCUCUUCAUCUUCACCUUCAGUAUCCUAGGCAUGCACCUGUUUGGGUGUAAAUUUAAUCAGCAGAUGGAGAACGGAGACACCAUCCCAGACCGCAAGAACUUUGACUCGCUACUCUGGGCCAUCGUUACUGUGUUCCAGAUCCUGACUCAGGAGGACUGGAAUGUGGUCCUGUAUAACGGUAUGGCCUCCACCUCUCCUCUCGCUGCUCUCUACUUUGUGGCUCUGAUGACCUUUGGGAACUACGUCCUCUUCAACCUGCUGGUGGCCAUCUUGGUGGAGGGCUUCAGGCUGAGGUAAGAGUUUGACAAGGGUGAUGCCAACCGGGCGGACUCUGACGAUGACAAGAGGUCUGAUGACGAUGGAGAGGAGGAGAAGAAGGAGAAGGUUGAAGAGCUGAAAGACACAGAGCUGCAGAUGUAUUCUCUGAUGAUGACGGCCAACGGUCACGCGGACCGCAACACUCUGGCCCCUCCAAUAACCAUCACGCGCACGGCGGCGACACCCGUGCCGACGCCCAAGAGCUCAUUGGGCCCCGAGUCCGUUCUGGGGGAGGGGCUGGUAUAUGGAGAUGUGUGUUCAGACUUCGGGGAUUCUCGUCGCGGCAGCGCUGCUGCUUCCAUAGACCCCUCAGCCUACGACCAGCGCUCUCUGUCCAGCCCCGGCCAGCACUCGCCCCUCCCUCCCAGAGGUCAGGGUUCAGUCAGUGGGUGGGGCAGCAGGAGGUCAAGUUGGAACAGCCUCAACCGCGCCCCCAGCCUCAAACGCAGCAAAACCAGCGGAGAGAGGGAGAGUCUGCUCUCAGGGGAGGGAGGAGGGGAGGAGGAAGAGGGGGCCUUAGAGCUGCUGCAGGUGUCCUCUCUGGGCCCGUCUGUAACAGGGGAGUACGGGGACUGUAACGGGAGGAGUCUUCAUCACAUGACCUAUGACCCCAACAAGGACCUUUCACCUGACGAUGACAUGGAGGAGGAGAACCUGUGGUUCCGGGUCAGGAGAACGCUGCAGAGCCACAAGCCACGCUGGUGUAGAGAACAUGAAGACUGGAACCUCUACCUGUUCUCCCCUCAGAACUCGUUCCGGGUGUGGGCUAAGGGGAUGAUCUCUCAUAAGAUGUUUGAUCACGUGGUCCUCCUCUUCAUCUUCCUCAACUGCAUCACCAUCGCUCUGGAGAGACCCGGCAUUCUGCCUCACAGCACCGAGAGAGUGUUUCUGAGUGUCUCCAACUACGUGUUCUGUUGUCUCAUCUUCCUGGCUGAGAUGACUGUCAAGAUUGUAGCGUUGGGGUUCUGCUGGGGUAAACAGAGCUACCUGAAGAGCAGCUGGAAUGUUCUGGAUGGGAUCCUGGUGUUUGUCUCUCUGGUGGACAUCCUGGUUUCUCUGGCCUUGACUGGAGGGAACCGCAUCCUGGGAAUCCUCAGAGUACUACGACUGCUACGAACACUACGACCUCUCAGGGUGAUCAGUCGAGCCCCAGGGCUGAAGCUGGUCGUGGAGACUCUGAUCACGUCUCUGAGACCCAUCGGGAACAUCGUCCUCAUCUGCUGCGCUUUCUUCACUGUGUUUGGAAUACUGGGAGUACAGCUGUUCAAGGGUAAAUUCUACCUCUGUGAAGGCCCGGACACCAGAAACAUCAGCACCAAGACAGACUGUCUGCUGGCCAACUACCGCUGGACACGCAGGAAAUACAACUUUGACAACCUGGGACAGGCUCUGAUGUCUCUGUUCGUGCUGUCCUGUAAGGAUGGAUGGGUCAACAUCAUGUAUGAUGGCCUGGAUGCAGUGGGAGUAGACCAGCAGCCGGUGAGGAACCACAACCCGUGGAUGCUCCUCUACUUCAUCUCCUUCCUCCUCAUCGUCAGUUUCUUCGUCCUCAACAUGUUCGUGGGCGUGGUGGUGGAGAACUUCCACAAGUGUCGUCAGGACCAGGAAGAGGAAGAGCAGCGGCCUGGAAGAGAAGAGGCUCAAAAUCCUGGAGAAAAGCGCAGGAGUAAGGAGAAGGAUGGUGCCGAGGCCCAACAGAGACCCUACUAUGCAGACUACUCCCCGGUGCGUCUCACCAUCCACACGUUGUGCACCAGCCACUACCUGGACCUCUUCAUCACCGUCAUCAUCGGCAUCAACGUCGUCACCAUGAGCAUGGAGCAUUACAACCAGCCACAGUAUCUGGAGGAGGCUCUGAAGUACUGUAACUACCUGUUUACCUGUAUCUUCAUCAUCGAGACCCUGCUGAAACUAGUGGCCUUCGGACUGCACAGGUUCUUUAAGGACAGGUGGAACCAGCUGGACCUGGCCAUCGUGCUGCUGUCCAUCAUGGGCAUCACUCUGGAGGAGCUCAAGAUGAACGCAUCGCUACCCAUCAACCCCACCAUCAUCAGGAUCAUGAGAGUCCUGAGG